AUGCUCCUCCACAGAGCAGAUAUAACAGAUGGACUUCUGAUCAGUGCGGCAGAACAGCUUCUUCACCUCAUCAUGGACAGAGCAGAUGUUCUCCUGGAGCUUCUUGGAGGGCUCCACCAGCUUGUGUUUCUUAAAUGUAGAGCAGACAUCACAGGCCACAUCUUCAGGUCCAGCAUAGCAGUGAUCAGCAGGAGCAGUUCGGAGUCCAGUCUUCUUCAGGAUUGUGAUGACUUUAAUGAAUACAGAACAUAA